AUGCCUCUCGCCAUAACCCUCACCUCCCCGCACACUCCAACCCUAACCACCAUCCCCCCACCCACCCUCCGGCCGGGGACCCUCCUCGUCCAGCCCAAAGCCGUAGCCCUCAACCCCACCGACCUCAAGAAAGCCAGCUCCCCCAACACCCCGCUCAAUCUGCCCCUGGGCUGCGAUUACGCCGGCACCGUCCUUUCCAUCCACCCGAACACAACAACCGACUUCCAACCAGGCGACCGCAUCUUCGGCUUCGUCUCCGGCUGCAACCCGCUCCACCCCACGGACGGGGCCUUCUCCACCGCCACGCCCGCCGUCGCCGCGCUCCAACUCCUCAUCCCCGCGCAUCUGUCCUUCGCCGAAGCCGCCACCUUUGGCAUUGCCCUCACGACCAUCGGCCAGUCUCUUUACCAGACCCUCAACCUCGCCCCGCCAGACACGCCCCUCUCCGAGCCCCUCCCCAUCCUGAUCUACGGCGGCUCGUCCGCGAUGGGCACCAUGGCCAUCCAGUUCGCCAAGCUCUCCGGCUAUCGGGUCUUCACAACCUGCUCGCCGCGGAACUUCGAGCUGGUGCGGUCGUACGGCGCAGACGAGGUCUUCGACUAUCGAGACCCAGAUGCCGCGGCGCUUAUCAACGAAAAGACCGGGAACCGACUGCGGCUGGUGAUGGAUACGAUUGGCGGCGAGGAGGCGGUGGCGUUCUGUGACCGGGCCAUGUCGGCUGAGGGCGGGGAGUUUGCGACCUUGUUGACGGACACCGUCAUCCCGAGAGAGAAUGUGCGGACGCGGAUCACCGUGGCGUAUACGGCGAUGGGGGAGGAGCUGGAGUUGGGAGGACAUAGGAUCCCGGCCCGGAAGGAGGAUUAUGACUUUGCUGUGGAGUGGAUGAGGAAGCUCUGGCCAUUCCUGCAGGAUGGUAAGAUCAAGCCUCAUCCGGUGAGGGUUGUCGAAGGGGGCUUGAAGGGGCUGGCGGAGCAGGGAUUCGAGAUUAUGAGACAAGGGAAACUUAGUGGGGAGAAGUUGGUGGUUGAGGUGGAAACGGAGUAA